AUCCGGGACCGGCCCCGGUGCCCACGGCUCCUCACAGAGGCACUUGUCUCCUCACAGCGGUACUGUCUCAACUUCUCCUUCCGCGGGAAAACUUUCCACCGGGAGUUGAAGUGACCCUUGAAGUUGGGUAGGUAGGCACUGCGACCGGCAGGACCGUGGACCGGGUGCUGGAAGGAUACAUCAAAGCCCCUUCCAUGAUAGUGAAGUGUUUCGGAAUAUUCUGAGGAACAAGAAGAUGAGUGAUGAGCAGCAGUCCAGUGACCAUGUCUCAGAGGUGGCUCCGGAAAACACUGAGGAUCUCCAAGAGCAAACCGCAAAUCCUGAAGCAUCAUUGUUGAAGAGUUCUAGUGAGGAAUCUGAGAAUUCCACCUCUUCUGUGAGUAGUUCACAAUCCAGCAAAAGUCAAAAUUCUGAUGGGAAUCCUAUGCCUGAUAUGGAGGAAGCUACAACUGAAUUCUCAUAUGGAGAGAGCUCUUUGGGAGAAAAUAUACCUAGAAUAGAUGAAGGUAAUGUCGAUGACUUCAAAUCUGAAAGGAAAUCAGAAUCGAAUCAUGAAGACUUGUUUUCCCCAAGUUCCGCAGAGGCCUCUGAAAAUGACGGGUAUGAGGAAUUACCUGAUGCAGCGGAAUUGGUCAAUAAUGUUUUUCCAUCUUCCACACGGCAAGAAGGCAAGGAAGAGGAGCAAAAAGUACUUAACACAAUGGAGACACAGACCACCUGGAUUUCUUUGGACACUCCAGGUUCUUCGGUGGCAGAGCUUGAAAUGGAAAUUCCAAAACUGUUCAAAUCUCAUUCACUGGACUCAAAGUCUUGGAAACUGGACUACUUGACUGAUUCUGAGAAAGGAGGGACUCAAAAGAAGUUUGAAAGUGACGACUCUUUUACUGUGGAAACUGACUUUACUCUGACCGAGACAAGAAGUGAAGAAUCUGAUUUUGAAGAGACUGAUUAUUAUUCAUUGGAUUCCACUGAGAGGACAAGGUGGAAGACUGGAAGGUCGAAGGGUAUAUUAGGGAUUGAAGAGUUGAAGACUGAAAGGAUAAAUGGUUUCCAUCCUGACAUGCACUUCCAGGUGGCAGUGGUCAAAACUUCCAAAGUUGUUCACUGCGAGUUCUGCAAGCAGGAGCGAAUGCCGUUCCCGACGCCCCAGCAGUUGGACACCACCACUCCAGACAAGCUCUUCUGUUGCAACAUGAGUUGGGAACUGUACCAGCAAAUCUUGAGGAAGCGAGAGGAGGAUCCGGACUAUUAUGAACCAGAUUCUGAAGAGGAAGGCUUCCACGCCACAAUGAUGGAAAUGGAAGAAGCAGAGAAGAAGAUCAUGGAGAGGAUAAAAAAUACAGAAGUUACGAUGUACAUGACCACCAUGGUGCAUGGAGAUGAAGUCAUCUUCACAACCAUGAAGACCAUCUCAUACAAGUUGUCCUCAGAACAAUGCAGGAAACAAGGAUGGACGUUGGGAAUUCCCCGAGCCAAGCCCCUAAAAGUGGAAGAUCUCUCGCAAUAUGUUCCCGUUGCAAAGUCCUACAAGGAAGAUGUGAGACCUGAUAAUAUCGUGGAGAAAUACUAUCCAAAUGGCAGGAAGUUUCUCGUCAUGUUCCCGGAUGGAACCUUCACCGUUUUCUAUCCCUCGGGUAAUAUCGCCAUACAGACCUCUCCUCUCCUCCACGAUCAGCUGGUUUACAUCAUAUUUGAGGACCUGGAUUGGAAUGUAAGAAUGCUGGGUGUCUUCCAGUCAACCGGUCAUGGGACUUGUUACCAUCCCAAUCGACAUAUUUGGAUCAACCUGACCCCUCUCCGUGGAUUAUACUUCACUGAACAGGGAGUCGUCAAGAUGCACUGGCAGUGGCGAGAUUACGCGUACCAUGUCCAUGCACCACCGUAUAACUCCAUCAGCCUGAAAUUAAGCCCCUUCAUUAGCAUCCACAUCAUUUCACGAGAUCAGGUUUACGUCACAUUCAAAAGGAUGAAGAGAAGAAUACGAUUCAAUGUGGGAGCAAAGCUGGUACCGAGAAACCUUGAACAAUCUCAUGCAGCACAAUCACGCAUGAAAGGAGAAAAAUAUAUCAAAAAAGCAAAAGGGAAAAUCAACAUGCUCCUUAAACAACUAAGAGAGCGUGAAUGAUCGGCAUUUUCAGCACUACUAUCUCACAUUAGAGAGGCGGAAUCUGCAGGUGGGAGCCAAAAUUCAAGCAUCCAUACCUUUAAACUAAAGGGACUAUUUACAAGUAAAUCCAUCUUAUCCUGAAAAUGUGAAUGUGUACAAUAACUCAUGGAUAGUUUGAUCCACUUUUUCUUAGAUGUGACUAAUGAGAUUUAUGUUUUUUGCACCAAUCCAGUUUCAAGCGUUUGUUUACCAUUACCUUUGAUUUAUAGUUUCUAAAUGUAUCAGGAACGUUGACUACAAUUGGAAUUGAUGGAGUGAAACAUUUUACACAUGGUACCUCCUACAGUUUAUAUAUUGUCUAUGUAGAGAAACAGUCAAAUGCCUGUUAUGGGUUAAGAGUAUAUUUUUCUAUGGAAUGUUAAAAUGCACCAACUAAUAGUUUACAUUAUUAUUAUUGUCAUGUGUAUCGAGGUGUAGUUAAAAGCUUUUCUUUUCAUGCAAUCCAGUCAAAGAAAAGACUAUUCAUGAUUACAAUUAAGUUGUCCACGGAGCAGGUAAAGAGUAUAACAUUGAAGUUUGAUUAACGAUAGUUCAAAGGCCUUCAAUGAGGUAGAUGGGGGGGGGGUCAGGAUUGCACUUUAGCUGAGGAGGGGACUGUUCAGUUGCCCAUAACAGCUAUGAGGAAACUCCCUG